GGAGCCAAACAGACAAGGCCUCCACUAACAUCAAUUGAAUUCUCCCAAACAUUUACACCAAAAAGAGAAAAAUUCUCCCAAACAUUCUUUUAUUCAGCCAAAAUUACAAAUUCCUCAUUUCCUCCCAAGCAAUGGAAAUUCAUUUCCAGCAACAGAACAGUAACAUCCCAAUACUCAGCAGCAAGAUAAACAAGUUCAAGGGGCCAAGGAAUCGGAACGGCGGUGGCAGCGGCGGCAACAAUAACAAGUAUGUCGGGGUGAGGCAGAGGCCGUCGGGGCGAUGGGUGGCCGAGAUCAAGGACACAACCCAAAAGAUCAGGAUGUGGCUCGGGACCUAUGAGACCGCCGAGGAGGCAGCCCGUGCCUACGACCAGGCUGCCCGCCUAUUGCGCGGUUCCAACACCCGGACCAACUUCAGGGCCCACACGCCCUCAGACUCCCGGCUUGCCUCUCGGAUUCGGAGCCUGCUGAACAACAAGAGGGGAAUAAUGCCAGACAGUACUCCCCAGGGAAAUGUCACAGAUGUUGCUAAUGUCAAUGUUGCUGCCACCCCCACUACUAGUGUCAGUGAUAACAUGAUUUUAUUUUCAUCUCAUAGCACUUCUAGUUCCACCACUAGCUGUGCUAGCACCGAAGACGUGUACCGGCCCGACCUGAGCCACUGCAUCGAGGAAUUCGCGCUUGGUUCUUCUCAUGAUGUACCCGGGCCGAGAAUCGACCGGUUCUCGUACACGCAAGAGGUGCUAGAGGUGCCGAGGAUUUGUGCAAGUUCGGGGGAUCAGACUCAGGCUGCGGCCGACAUGGAAGAGUUCUCGGAGUUCGAGAGGAUGAAGUUCGAGAGGCAGAUAUCGGCAUCACUGUAUGCGGUGAGCGGAGUGGAGGAGCUGAUGGGGACGUUGGUGAAUGACCCGAGCGAGGCUAUAUGGGAUCUUCCUCCGUUAUGUUCGUUGGCUUCAUUGCUGCUCUGAAAGCUAAUUUGAUGGUUUCAAUGAGAAACGUUAAUUAAUUUCUCGAUCCACUCUAGUAAUGUUUUCUCUUCUCUUUUGUUUCUAGACAAGGUCGGGUUUCGGAAUUACUAGGACCACAAUUAUAGAUGAAAACGACGUUAAACA